CUUCCGGGUCAAUGCAGGACACUGGGCUCCGGCGGCCAGAGUGGGGGACGAGGUGAAGCGGAGCCGGGCCGGGGCCGCCCGGGACCAGGCCGGAGGCUGAGCGGCAGCGACAGCGGUGGCCGGGAGGGGGGAGGAGAGGCGCAGCCCGAGGAGCCGCCGCAGCAGCUCCCCCGCCUCCCGGGCUGAGGGAAUUUUAGGAAAGGAAGAUGGAUCAGCCUAGUGGAAGGAGUUUCAUGCAAGUAUUAUGUGAAAAAUAUAGUCCUGAAAAUUUCCCUUACCGUCGUGGUCCUGGGAUGGGAGUCCAUGUCCCAGCCACACCUCAGGGCUCUCCUAUGAAAGAUCGCCUCAACCUCCCAAGUGUGCUCGUGUUGAACAGCUGUGGAAUAACAUGUGCAGGAGACGAAAAAGAAAUUGCUGCCUUCUGUGCUCAUGUGUCGGAACUAGAUCUUUCUGACAACAAACUCGAAGACUGGCAUGAGGUCAGUAAAAUUGUGUCAAAUGUUCCCCAGUUGGAGUUUCUAAACCUGAGUUCCAACCCUCUGAAUUUGUCGGUUUUAGAAAGAACAUGUGCUGGGUCCUUCUCUGGGGUUCGCAAACUUGUCCUCAACAACAGCAAAGCUUCUUGGGAGACAGUCCACACGAUACUGCAGGAGUUACCAGAUUUGGAGGAGCUCUUCCUGUGCCUUAAUGACUAUGAAACAGUGUCUUGUCCUUCUAUUUGCUGUCAUUCUCUUAAGCUACUACAUAUAACAGACAAUAACCUCCAAGACUGGACUGAAAUCCGAAAGUUAGGAGUUAUGUUUCCUUCACUGGAUACUCUCGUCCUGGCUAACAAUCAUUUGAAUGCUAUUGAGGAGCCUGAUGAUUCACUGGCCAGGUUGUUCCCUAAUCUGCGAUCCAUCAGCCUCCACAAGUCAGGUUUGCAGUCCUGGGAAGACAUUGACAAACUAAAUUCAUUUCCCAAACUUGAAGAAGUGAGAUUGUUAGGAAUUCCUCUUCUGCAGCCAUAUACCACCGAGGAGCGGAGGAAAUUGGUAAUAGCCAGAUUGCCAUCAGUUUCCAAACUUAAUGGCAGUGUUGUUACCGAUGGUGAGCGAGAAGAUUCUGAGAGAUUUUUUAUCCGUUACUAUGUGGAUGUUCCACAGGAAGAAGUGCCAUUCAGGUAUCAUGAACUGAUUACAAAAUAUGGGAAGUUGGAGCCUUUGGCAGAAGUGGACCUAAGACCCCAGAGCAGUGCGAAAGUAGAAGUCCACUUUAACGAUCAGGUGGAAGAAAUGAGCAUUCGUCUGGACCAGACAGUUGCAGAACUAAAGAAACAAUUAAAAACUCUAGUGCAGUUACCCACAAGCAACAUGCUUCUCUACUAUUUUGACCAUGAAGCACCCUUUGGCCCAGAGGAAAUGAAGUAUAGCUCUCGGGCACUGCAUUCUUUUGGCAUUAGGGAUGGAGAUAAAAUUUAUGUGGAAUCCAAAACAAAAUAACCUCGACCAGCCUUGUAAAAAACACAUACAUAAGGACUUCUUGCAGGGCAUUUGUUUCCAAUGUGGUUUCCUUUAGGAGGGAGAAAGUUGUUUUUGUUUUGUUUUGUUUUGUUUAGGUUUCUGGGGGGGGUUGUAUAUUUUUUUCCCUCUAGGAUGGGUAGGGGGCUGUUUUUGGUAUUUUCUACCACAGAUUUCUUCAGCUCAGCCAGCAGAAUUGGCCACAUCUCCAGUCCAUGUGCCCUCCCUCAUGAAAGAUGACCAAGAAAUCACCGACUUCUUACUGUGUUCACUGGGCUGUGUCUACCGCUUGGUUAUCACGACCAUUUAGGUAUAUUUGUGAAGAUAGCGUGAACAGUGUGUCCCCCCUCAGAAGGGCAACUUGUGGGAUUUAAAUCGGGAGCAGGGAGCUUGAAAGGAAGGUCCAGCACUUCUCUCCCCCAGUUCUUGCGUUGUCCCUCCCUCUCUCCCUCCUUUCCUGUUGUGGUUCAGUUUUUCAUUUUGACUCAUGUCAGCACGUGUUCACCUAAUAGUUUUAUCCUGCCCAUAAGUAACUUCUCAUUUCUCAGUGUGGGCAAUUUUUUCAUUUCGCCCUUUUGAAGUAAUUGUAGUGCUUUAAGCAUUUUCAACCUGAUUCUGAACUCUCAGGUAUUCCGUGAGAACCUGGAACUCUGUUAGGAUCCUGAAGAGGAGCCGACGGAGAGUUAAAACCCCGGGAAGACUCGCUGCUGCCCUGUCAGCACAGGCUGAGCAGCCUGGCCCCCUGUACGUACCCAGGCCUGUGUCUGCGUCCUGCACACCUGACGCCCACCCCCACUUCCAUAAACCAAAACGUGUCACGUGCCCCAGUUCUUUUAUUCUUGCUUGUCCAAUGUAUUUCCUCAUCUCUAGCUGUCUUUCUAAUUACUCUAAACCAUUGGGACUAGAGGCCUGACUUUCUGAGGGACCCAGGAGAGUAAAGGAUACAUGUGCCUGGAGAGCUGGGAGUUAGAGAGCCGACUGUCCUUGGUGCGUGUGAGGGAGUAGAGUGGGAGAGAAGUCCAGCCAUCCAGGAGAAAGCGAGUUGUGACCUUCCUGCCCGUGUCGUCAUUUGAAGCCCUGGCUCUUGCACUUUGCAUUACAAGUGGGAAAGCUUAAUCAAAGGGAGUUCUGAUUCCCAGUUCUUCCCUGGGAUUCUGUGAUGUCGUAAUUGGACAGUUCUUUUUGUUUUACAUUUCAACUUAGCUGCCCCUCCCGAAGAACAACUCUGCCUAAUCUAUGAGUAAAGUCUAAGUGUCAAAACUUCAGCAUUGCCUCCAAGUCAUAUUUUUUGCAGAAGCAUAUUUAAAGCACUUUUCUUUAAAAGCCAGUUCCUCACCUGCCCUGAAAUCUUUGCAUUUGUUCUUGUAAUCCUUUGUUAAUCAGGUUUACCCCUUUCUGUGAUAGGUGUCUUUCUUGGUCCACGGUGUUUACAGAUGGGAGACUGGGGGAAGACUUGGCAUCAUUAAGGGCAGGCGAUGUGCACAUGAAGUAUUUUUUCCAAGAAUGUAAUCAUUAUCUGAUUGCAUUUGACCUUUUGACCUUGUUAUAGGAUUCCACCGCUCCUACAAAAUUCUUUAAUUUCGUAACGAAAUUUUUAGAUAACUCUUGUAAAUUCUUCACUUCUGCAGAGUUGUGAUUAUUAUUGCUAUUUUUAAAUUUUUCCUAUGCCAUAACAGCAGAUGUUUAUUCUCUUAAUGCACUUCAGGUUCAGAAUCUGUAAAGCCUUUGACCCAGGCUUACUGAGUCAAGUCUUCAUUCACUGUAACGUUAAAGGUGGAAACCAAAGGGUUUGAGAAAGAUGAAUGAAGCCUGUUCUCCUUCUGCUGCCGACUUGAUCUUUCAAAAUCCUAAGACUGAGCACUGGAGAUCCAGGCUGGGUAGAGACAAGAAUAAUUAUUUUGCAAUCACAUUUUCCUGACAGAUUUUUGGAAGUUGGAAAAAAGUGUGGAAGCAGUGUCAUAAAGAUAAAAACUGUGGGUGCUUUGUGUAUGUGUGCAUGAGUGCAGACGAGUUUGAGAGAGAAACUGUAAUUGAGCCUGUCCCUUUUGUCAGCCUGGGAAACAGAUGCACUCUUAUUUUUUGAGGUAGUAUGACCCCUGAUUGUCCCACAGCAGAAGGCAGAGCAAACACUUGGGUUGUGCUUUAAUCAUAAGUGGAAUGGUCACAAUUAAUAAGAUAUUUUAUAUAUGACAAAGUUUUAUGAAAUGCUUUUUUACUAUUAGAGACCUGUUCCUUCUGUUAUGACAGAACACAGCGUCCAUCAACUGCAGGAUAAUUCCUCUAUUAUACAGUUGCAUGUCAGGGGAAUGUCUCAUCAAAUUCAGUGGAUGUGGGUAUUUUUAGGGCAUUGUAAUUGAUGGUUUUAAUAAUUGCUGAACAAUUUUUGAUUGAGACAAAGUCUAAUGCAAUUACCGGUCUUUUAGAGCUACAGAACAGAAGUAAAAGAGAAAAGCUAUUUGAGCAUGUGUACUUGUAGAUUUAUUUGGGCGGCUGAGUAAAGAUGCUGCUUUUGAAAUAAAAUUGGUGCUGUGUA